UCUCUGGCGCAUCUCCGGCUGGCUGGCGACUCCCGCGGCGGGGACGACAUGGCGGAGGCCGCGGCCGGAGUGAGCCGCUUCAAGGCCAACUAUGCCGUCCAGCACAAGAUGGAGCCUUUCUACAAGGGCGGGAAGGUGCAGCUGGAUCAAGCCGGUCAGCACCUCUUCUGCAUGUGUGGCACCAGAGUCAGCGUGCUGGAGGUGGCCUCGGGGACUGUGCUGCGGAGCCUGGAGCAGGAGGACCAGGAGGACAUCACUGCCUUUGACCUCAGCCCCGAUGACCAGGUGCUCGUGACAGCCAGCCGGGCGCUACUGCUGGCCCAGUGGGCCUGGCGAGAGGGCAGCGUCACACGCCUGUGGAAGGCUGUGCACACAGCCCCUGUGGCCACCAUGGCCUUUGACCCCACCUCCACGCUGCUUGCCACAGGCGGCUGUGACGGGGCUGUGCGUGUCUGGGAUGUUGUGCGGCACUACGGGACACACCACCUGCGGGGCUCAACCGGCGUCGUGCACUUGGUGGCCUUCCACCCGGACCCCGCCCGCCUGCUGCUCUUCUCCUCCGCAGCCGACGCCACCAUCCGUGUGUGGUCCCUGCAGAGCCGGUCGUGCCUGGCCGUGCUGACCGCCCACUACAGUGCGGUCACCUCUCUGGUCUUCAGCGCUGAUGGCCACACUAUGCUCAGCUCUGGCCGAGACAAGAUCUGCAUCGUCUGGGACCUUCAGAGUCACCAGAGCACGAGGACAGUGCCCGUGUUCGAGAGCGUGGAGGCCGCGGUGCUGCUGCCAGACAAGCCCAUGCCUGAGCUGGGCGUGAAGUCCCCAGGCCUUCACUUCCUGACAGCCGGCAGCCAAGGUUUACUGCGAGUGUGGGAGGCAGCAUCCGGAAAGUGUGUGUAUUCGGAGCCCCGGCCGCCUGGUCCCGGGAGGGAGCUGACCCACUGUGCCCUGGCCCCGGCCUCCGGUCUGCUGCUCAGCGUCACUGCCGACCACCACGUGCUGCUCUAUGAGGCUCAUUCACUGCAGCUGCGCAAACAGUUUGCUGGCUACACAGAGGAGGUGCUGGACGUCCGGUUCCUGGGCCCCGAGGACUCACACAUCGUGGUGGCUUCCAACAGCCCCUGUCUGAAGGUGUUUGAGCUGCAGACGUCAGCCUGCCAGAUCCUGCAUGGCCACACAGAUAUCGUCCUCGCCCUGGACGUGUUCCGCAAGGGCUGGCUCUUUGCCAGCUGUGCCAAGGACCAGAGCAUCCGCCUCUGGAGGAUGAACAAGGCCGGUCAGGUGGCCUGCGUGGCCCAGGGCUCUGGGCACACACACAGCGUGGGCACCGUCUGCUGCUCCAGACUGAAGGAGUCCUUCCUCGUAACUGGCAGCCAAGACUGCACAGUGAAGCUGUGGCCGCUCCCCGAAGUCCUGCUGUCCAAGAGUUCAGCCCCCAGCGGGAGCCCCAUCCUGCUCCAGGCUCAGGCCACACAGCGUUGCCACGACAAGGACAUAAACAGUGUGGCCAUUGCCCCCAACGACAAGCUGCUGGCCACAGGCUCCCAAGACCGCACGGCCAAGCUCUGGGCGCUGCCACAGUGCCAGCUGCUGGGUGUCUUCUCGGGCCACCGGCGUGGCCUCUGGUGUGUACAGUUCUCACCUAUGGACCAGGUGCUGGCCACGGCCUCGGCCGAUGGCACCAUCAAGCUGUGGGCCUUGCAGGACUUCAGCUGCCUCAAGACAUUCGAGGGGCAUGACGCCUCUGUGCUGAAGGCGGCCUUCGUGAGCCGGGGCACACAACUGCUAUCCAGCGGCUCCGACGGGCUUGUGAAGCUCUGGACCAUCAAGAGCAACGAGUGCGUGCGGACGCUGGACGCCCACGAAGACAAGGUCUGGGGGCUGCACUGCAGCCGGCUGGACGACCGGGCGCUCACGGGGGGCAGCGACUCCCGAGUCAUCCUCUGGAAGGACGUGACGGAGGAGGAGCAGGUGCAAGAGCAGGCCAAGCUCGAGGAACAGGUGGUCAAGCAGCAGGAACUGGACAACCUGCUCCAUGAGCGGCGCUUCCUGCGUGCCCUGGGCCUGGCCAUCUCCCUGGACCGUCCCCACACCGUGCUGACCGUCAUCCAGGCCAUCCGCCGGGACCCUGAAGCCUGCGAACAGCUGGAGAACACGGUGCUCAGGCUGCGGCGUGACCAGAAAGAGGCCUUGCUGCGUUUCUGUGUCACCUGGAACACCAACUCCCGACACUGCCACGAGGCACAGGCCGUGCUGGGCGUGCUGCUGCGGCACGAGCCCCCCGAGGAGCUGCUGGCCUACGAGGGCGUGCAAGCCGCUCUGGAGGCCCUGCUGCCCUACACUGAGCGGCAUUUCCAGCGGCUCAGCCGGACUCUCCAACAAGCCACCUUCCUGGACUUCCUGUGGCACAACAUGAAGCUGUCCCCUCUCCCCGCCCCCCAACCCUCAGAGACCACAUAAAGGGUUACUCCCCA